UACUAUUCAUGAAAGAUGGCCUUAGAAAUUCCUUUCAUGAGAUGCUCUGGCUUGAAAUCUUUUGAACAAAAAGGUGUUUCCAUAAGGCAGAAUCCAGAGACUAUGUUUGAAGUUUAUGUGGAAGUAGCCUAUCCUAGGACAGGUGGCACUCUUUCAGAUCCUGAGGUGCAGAGGCAAUUCCCGGAGGACUACAGUGACCAGGAAGUUCUACAGACUUUGACCAAGUUUUGUUUCCCCUUCUAUGUGGACAGCCUCACAGUUAGCCAAGUUGGCCAGAACUUCACAUUCGUGCUCACUGACAUUGACAGCAAGCAGAGAUUUGGGUUCUGCCGCUUAUCUUCAGGAGCCAAGAGCUGCUUCUGUAUCUUAAGCUAUCUCCCAUGGUUCGAGAUAUUUUAUAAGCUACUUAACAUCUUGGCAGAUUACACAACAAAAAGACAGGAGAGUCAGUGGAAUGAACUUCUUGAAACUCUGCAUAGACUUCCCAUCCCCGACCCAGGCGUGUCUGUUCAUCUCAGCAUGCAUUCUUACUUUACUGUGCCUGAUACCAGAGAACUUCCCAGCAUACCUGAGAAUAGAAAUCUGACAGAAUAUUUUGUGGCUGUGGAUGUAAACAACAUGUUGCAUCUGUACGCCAGUAUGCUAUAUGAGCGCCGGAUACUCAUCAUCUGCAGCAAACUCAGCACUUUGACUGCCUGCAUCCACGGCUCAGCCGCGAUGCUCUACCCCAUGUACUGGCAGCAUGUGUACAUCCCCGUGCUGCCCCCACAUCUGCUGGACUACUGCUGUGCUCCCAUGCCCUACCUCAUAGGAAUCCAUUUAAGUUUAAUGGAGAAAGUCAGAAACAUGGCCCUGGAUGAUGUUGUGAUCCUGAACGUGGACACCAACACCCUGGAAACUCCCUUUGAUGACCUCCAGAGCCUCCCAAAUGAUGUGAUCUCUUCACUGAAGAACAGGCUGAAAAAAGUCUCCACAACCACAGGCGAUGGCGUGGCCAGAGCCUUCCUCAAGGCCCAAGCUGCUUUCUUUGGUAGUUACCGAAAUGCUCUAAAAAUUGAACCGGAGGAACCCAUCACCUUCUGCGAGGAAGCCUUCGUGUCCCACUAUCGCUCCGGAGCCAUGAGGCAGUUCCUGCAAAAUGCCACACAGCUACAGCUUUUCAAGCAGUUUAUUGAUGGGCGACUAGACCUUCUCAAUUCUGGUGAAGGUUUCAGCGAUGUUUUUGAAGAGGAGAUCAACAUGGGCGAAUAUGCUGGCAGUGAUAAACUGUACCAUCAGUGGCUCUCCACAGUCCGGAAAGGAAGUGGAGCAAUUCUGAAUACUGUAAAAACGAAGGCCAAUCCGGCCAUGAAGACUGUCUACAAGUUCGCAAAAGAUCAUGCAAAAAUGGGAAUAAAAGAGGUGAAAAACCGCUUGAAGCAAAAGGACUUUGCAGAAAACGGCUGUGCCUCCACUGCAGAAGAGCCACUGCCAAAGACUGCGCCAUCGCCACUAGUGCAGGCCAAGGACCCCAAGCUCCGAGAGGACCGGAGGCCAAUCACCGUCCAUUUUGGGCAGCCACAAAGACUCCGUCCCACUCGACCGCCGCCUCCCAAGAUACAGCGCGCAAGGCCCGUUCGCCCGCCCCGUCCUCAUGUUGUCAAGAGACCAAAGAGCAAUGUCUCCGUGGAAGGCCGAAGGACAUCCGUCUCAAGCCCUGAGCAAGCCUAUACACUUGACCAGCCACAUGGGAAGACAUCUGCCCUGUAGUGCUAAAUAGCAUUUCUGAAGGGAUAGUACCACCCCAUCCAGUUAUCAGGACUGGACUCCAGAAACCCAGCGAGCUGGCCUCGGAAACCCUCAGGACAAGGACAAGCCCUACAACUACGCCAGCUGGGGAGAGGUCCAUGCACCACUCGGCCAGCCCCUGCUGCUGAGGGGCUGAGUGAUCAUCUGAACUGUGCCUUGUGACCCCAAUCCCGAGAUCCCAGAAGAUUAAAUUAAGCUGAGAAGAAGCUGCCAGGGCGGUUUAGUGAAAGUCCUGCCCAAAGCCCAGGUCUCAGAACACUUUGCCUCUCUUGACUGCACUCAUUUGGCGGCAAAGAUGACGUGCUGCUUUGGCACAACAGCUGUGCCCCCCUCACCUCGACACUUCUGGCCUCCUGCACAGCCCAGAGCCAGUUUGGGCUGAAGAGGUGAGGAAGGGUCGGAGAUUUGGAUGGUGGCCUGGUAGACAGGGAGGCCUUCAGCAUCUAACACACCUGGGUCAACAUCCCAGCCCACAGUCCACCGGCCCUGGGCUCAGGGUGGGUCUCCUGCCCUUGGCUUUUUUUAUUUUCCUGCCCUUGGCUUUUUAACAUGAAGCCUAUUAGCGUCCCAAGGCUUGUGGUUUGCAAAACUGCCCUCUGGAGACCCAAGCACAUCCUGUGUCGGCAAAGUGCACAGCCUCCCCCACCUCGUCUCCUGCAGUGCCUGCCGUGGACUCAGUACUCCCUCGUGCUGCAAGGCCCCAGGCUGCCCCAGAUACAGCAUGGAACUACGCUGUUCUAGUUUUCUCUUAUGUCUCAUACAUACAUACCACUCAAUAGUCUGUGAGCUCUUCCAGCAGGUGCUGUAUCUUUCCACUUUGACUCUGCAACUGCCAAACCAGAGCCUAGCUCAGAUCACUACUGUACAGAUGUUUCUGGAGGGAAUGAACACAGAAAUCAGUGAAAAUACCUGCUCACAGCCCAGCACCCUGGAGAUGGGGCAGGUGUCCACAAACACAAGUAUGUAGAGCACCUAGUAGGUGCCAGUUGUGAUCAGGAUGUGGCUGUGAAGCUUCCAGCACUUGGCCUGCCCUGAACCUGUAAAAGCCAGGAACUGCCAUCAGCCCCAGGAGCAGUCUCCAGGAUGCCAGCUGGGCCCUGGGCCCCAGGGAGUCUGGGGCAGCUGUCUUGGCACUACCCCCUGGCAGGCUGCCAGGACCCACUGCCUGAGCAGCCAGGAAUCCAAACACCCGAGCAGAAGGUCACAGACCCAAUUAGCAGGGCCAGAGGCUCCUGACCUAACUCACGCCCCACCCCCCGCUGGUGGAUUCUGAGCCGUGGACACAAAGCCAAGCCUGAGGCCAGACUCGAAAAGCAGCGACUGCCGGGGAGCCCCAGUGAUCCACAGCAGCCCAGGAAACAGGACCCCUUUGCGCCCCACCACUUCACCCUGGCCACUUGGAAAGGAGGAGUUUUCCCAAGAGUUGUCACUGCAGGGGCAGUGCGUUCCCACUGUAAAACCAAGCCCUUGGGGUGCUUUAGGAAAAGGAGCCCCAUCCUUGAGAAAUUUCUGACUUCAGUCACCUCUGAAAGGCCUUGUCAUCCCUCGGGGACUCCAGCCUCUCCCAGAUUCUAGACCACCACUUCCAAAGGGCCUGUUGUGUGCCCAGUACCCUCACACACAUUAUCUUGGUUAACCUCCCUGCACCUCCAAAAUAUUCACAGCCAGGCAUCGUCAGCCGCACCAGCCUUGAGGAGCCAAGACUCUAAUGCACGGGGCAACUGGCCCCGGGCUCAGAUGUGUACCCAGGGCUGCUGGGUCCCACAGGUGCUGCCUUCUCACCUCCGCCACCAUUGCCAUGGUCCCCAAAGUUCAGUCCUGAACUUUGGCCCUGGCCCUCGGCAGGCAGAGACCAUUCUCAGAGUGAAGGAACAAUUUUUCUGCAGUCUCAGUGUCUCUUUCCAGUCAAGGAGAGUGCCCCCAACGUGUCCCCAUCCCCAGCUUCCCCCAGCACAGACCCAGCUUGUGGGUAGUAGAGUGAAGCCUACAUCCCGUGCCUGGGCCUCUUCCUGUGUGAGUGCCCAUCUGGUGGCACUCAUGGAAGGACUUCUUCAGGGCACUCUGGGACAGGAUCUGGACACGUGAGAUUGGCACUGGUGAAUUUUGUUGAAAGAAGGAAUGACUGAAUGAAGAUACUGGUUGGAUAAUAAUUCAAUAGAUGCAUGAGUGAAGGUAAGAAAGGCAAAGGGCACAGCCAGUCCAGGAGAAAAACCAGGGAGUGUCCAGCUUUGUGCCCUGACCCCCUGCCACCUUGAGGCCCCUUCACCCCAGCCUUGCCCAUGGCCUUCGGGCCUUGUGCUGGUUGUGGGCCCCCCUCUGCCAGCCCCUCCAUCCUCUUCUGAACUCUCCAGCCCAGUAUCACAUGCCAUCACUCAUCCUCUCAGUGCUGCCUCCAGGCCAUAGAACAGUCUGCUGUGCUUGGGGUGAAAAGCCCAGUGCCCACAUUACCCCCCAGAGAGCCUUGUCCAAGAGCCCCUGAGCCAGGGACCCCCCCCCACAGUCCCCCGGGACAGCAGGACUCCCAGAGCUGGAGCGACCUGGUCUCCCACACUCACCCAUGGCCACUACAUCUGUGCUGACAGCAGAAGGCCCUCUCGUUCUGAUGGCGCCUUGUGACAGCUUGGUGGUUCUGCUCACCGUUCAGUGGGUGCUCGCAGCAGAGUGCACAGGUCUGUGUGCUGUUCUGCACCUGCCUCCAGCUCUUCUCCCUCACUGCAGUGGCCCUGGCUUCUUCCCUGGGCCGCUCAGCAACGGGCUCCAGUCUAGGUCUAGCUUCCUCUGAGGGUCCUGAGCCAGGCAGGUUCCCUGAGACCCUCAGUCUUGCUCCAGAGUCUUUUGCUAGAUUCUAAUGCAUUGCUAAGGUGUGGUCCGGAGCACUGAGCCUGGGCCCUGGCCAUAGAGAAAAGCCGAGUGAGGGUCUCAGGUGAUUUCCAUAUGCUGACAUAUCCCCAGCUGGGGGCCCCUCACCCUGACGAGCAGGGACCACCUUCCUCAUCCUCAGCAUCCAGGGACGACCCUGCACAGGACACAGAUGCCUCGUCUCUUGGUUGUCAGGUGACUGUGGCACGUGAUUAAUGAGUGCAUAUUCACAAUGCACUAAGCGCUAUGCAAAGUCCUUUGCAAAUAUUUUCAUUUUAACUUUCAUGCGAAGCCUUUCAGGAGGGCUGCGGAAGCUCUGUUUUACAGAGAAGUUGAGGUCUGGGGAGGUAAAGUAACUUCCAAGUGCCCUGGAUAGGAAGAGGGGGACGGUAAAGAUGAACAGACAGGCAUCAGCUGGGCAGGCAGGACCUGGCCUCGUCCUGGGGCCUCUCCCUGCUUGUCACCCCCAGGAGCCACAUCUCAGGAAUGCACCGUGACCAAGCCAUUUACCAAGUGAAGACCCUUUGUGCUGGAGCGAAAUGAUCCUUUAAAAAAUGAUCACUGGCUUUCCUUCAUUACAUCGGGAGACCGAGUCCUGGCUGAUUUCUUCCCAUCUUUAUCUCAAGUACAUUUAAAUGUCAAUUAAAUUUGAAAUAUCUACAUUUGUCAGCAUUUCAUUUUGGGCCAGCGUGAUGUGCUGCUGAUUUGUCCACGCGAUGUGACACAUGAAAAAAACUCUCGAGAUGCAGAUCUUCCUCAUUAAAAAAUAAGCCGGUGCGGUCCUGGCACGGUGGAGAGCACAGAGCAUGUCCCCGCUUCCUGACGCCGUGUCUCUGACAUGGUAUUUAAAAAGGAACAGCCUCGCCUGUCACCACUGUCACAUGCGCGCGCUAACCAGCGACACGUUAAACCAAACAUUAGAAAGGGCUCAGGAGUCAUCUGCAUGGGAACUCCGCACCGAGCUCGGCAGGCAGAGGCGGGGGCCGCCGCGGGGAUGACGAGGUCCAAGCCGUGAUGGACAGCGAGCCUUUCUUUUGCACCGAGACGGCAGCAGCCCUCACUGGGUAGCCAGGUUCGACACGACCUGCCUUUUCACAGACAGCCCUUUGUGUGUAAUAAAAUCCGGGCAAGUGGGUGGCAGACUGCAGGGUAGUAGCUGAAUUGGGUUAAUGAGGGAAGAGGUACAUUUUUUUUCCCGUAUUCUGCCUUAAGCUAAUAAAAAAUUUAAACCUGGACGUUUUCGAUGGUUCAUCCUUUAUCUCUGACAAAUAUCUGACUAUAUGUUUCAUGGGAGAACAUGAGCAGCUGAAUUUAAAUAAGUUUAUUUUGAAAUCUCACCUUUCAUUAAAAGUGGAAGGGGAAACACUCUACCUCUCAUUUCAUUGUUUCAGAUCCAGAAAACUGAAAAAGCAGGAUCCCACGGUUGUUUAGAGUCAGGCAAAUCUAGAUUCAAUUCCUCUUUCUACUUUCAGCUGUUGUGUGACCCCAGGCAAGGGACUCCCCCAGUCUGAGCCCUGGCUUCUUUGUCUGACAGGAGGAAUUAGUGAAAAAUUGUAUGGAUACUGUUUCGCCCGAUGCUUGGAAGUUCUUCUAGGUCACCAUAUAUGUGGCAUGGACAUGAAAAAGUUCUGAUCUGACCAGAUCAUGUGGCAGGUUUCACGCCGGUGCCCCAUUUCUCUGGAGAUUCCUUUGGGCUCUUGAAGCCAGUGCCCAACCAGCCUAGCCUGGCUAGGAAAGCCAGCUAGGGGCGGAACCUGGUUUGUGGGCUGCGAAGUGAGGCUUCCUUUCCUCCCUUAUCCCUGACCCCACCCCCACCCCCACCCCCACUUGGUACACGGUGUGGGACACCCUGGGUUUUGACGUGACCUGCACCUCAGCAGCCUGACUUAAUGAAGCCGGGGGCUCUGCGGUCCUGCACAAAGUCUCUUUGCUCUUCUGGGAAUCCAGAAAUUCCUGGCAGGUUUAGUGGCAUUCAGCUAACACGCAAGCUGUGAUCUGUGCUUCCUCGUCAAAGCUAGGAGAGGGGGCUGUGCUUAGGAGGGAGUCAGAAAGGCAUCCAUGGGGCCAGGGAUUUAGCUCAGUGGCACCUGCCUUGCAAGUGCAAGGUCCUGAGUUUGAUCCCUAGUACUGCAAAAAAGAAAGGUAGGGGUGGGGAGGGGCAGAGAAAAGAAAAGAAAGGCAUCCAUGAUGGAUCUGAGCACCACUGGGGGCCUCCUUCCACUGGCUUGUGCAGGGCUGGCGUCUCCCUCAUCUCCACCCACUGCCAUUCCCUCUGUCAGGAAAGUAAGGGCUCCAGGGGUGGACAUCCUGGGCUGGAAUCCCUGAUUGUCACUUCCGGCCAAGUCACUGGGUCACAUCUCUGUCCCUCACUGUGACCCCAAUGCUCACCCAGUGCUGGGUCUGCUCACAGUGAGGUGAGUAGUGCAUCUUGGUUGGGAGCACAAGUGGAUGGGUGGAUGGGUGGAGGGGUGGGUGCAUGGAUGGAUGGACUCAUGAAGGCCUCCACGUCUAGUUGGUGAGUCUUUCCUGUGAGGCUGUUGGAGGAGUGGGAUACCAUAUGCAAAGUGCUGGCACAGCAUCUGCUUGUGGAUGUUGUUUGGAACCCCUUCCCAAAGCUUCCGCCUACCCUGUGUACCUGACUGCUGAAGUGUAGGUAGAGGCCCAGGCAGUGCUGAAGCCUGGAGCAGCCUCUCCCCCACCCAACAGCCUGGCCAACCCAUGCACCACCCCCUCUCCUCACCUCCACAGGUGUAAUCCCUUGCUGGAGAGUGGCAGUGCCCCCCCUAACAGAUAGCUCAUCCUGCAAGUCUGAAUGUGCCUCCUCCUCGCUGUUCACUCUGGAUUCACUCAUCACAGGGUGGAUGCUGCAAAAUCACAACUGAGAGUAGCAGAUUUGCAGAUUUUAAGCAGGAGUGACAGGACCAGGUUUGUGAUUCAAAACAAGGUUCUGGUAGCUGUGUGGAGGUGACCUGCUUUGCUGUGGAAGCAGCAGGAGCCAGGCCUUGCCCUUAGGCUGGCCGGGUAUGGUCCUGAGUCAGAUCCGCCAGCCCUUGCACUGGGACAGAGGCAAGUACCUGUCCUGGGCCCAAGGCUCUCUAGUCCAGGAAGGGCUGAGCUGUGCCUGGUCCCCAGCAGCCAUGGAGGUGAGGAGGGCCUCAGCUAGCUGUUUCCCUGUGAAGCCUACACCACCUCUUCGUUUUAGGACAAACUGCCUGGCCACCCUGCAGGGACAGUGAGAAGAAAGGAGGACAAAGGCGUGACAGCACCAAGGCUGAGGUGCUCUGGGAGCCAGUGUUAGAUCAGCAGCAGUGACACCAGAUCCCUGCCCAGCCCAGCCCAGUGCCCUCUCCCUCUCCUGGGGGCAGCUGCAUCCCCCGCCUGCCGUGUCUUCCUGUGCUUCUUUGGACCAUGUUGUUCUUGCAUGAAGUAAAACCUUAAAGGAAUCCCAUGACAUAAAGCGCCAGAAGGAGGCUACUGUGGCUGAUGAGGGAGGAGAGGACCAGCCCCACAUAGGCACCUGUGGCUCCUCCCCACACUUCCCAUUGCCUCCUGCGAUCCUCAGGACAAGUGCAGCCCACUCAGUGGGGCAAGGGUGUGGACUCCCCCUGCCUGGCACUGCCAGGAUCUGAUCCUCUGAAAGCAGGUCCAGCUUCUCUGUCCUGAGCCCAUGGCCUGUUGUGGGCCCUGGUCAGUAUAUAAUUCAUAGGAGCCAGGCGUGGGGUUUUUCUGGACUGUGUAUGUGUUUGUUUAUAGAGACAGAGCUCACAGGUGGCUAACAAGGGAGAUGUAUUUUUUAUAACAAUGAAUAUUUAAUUUCCACAUCACAGAUGAAAAAGACUCUCUGAAGAAGCAUCCAGGGGAGACUCCAGAGAGUGGCUGCUAAUCAGAAAAGGACCCUCUCGUGAGGGCUCUUCCACGUGGCUCACUUUUUUCUUUAACUUUUUUCUUUUAUCCUGAUUAUUCAAGUAGGUAUGCUCAUUGUAGAAAACUAAAAAGAAGCAGGUGAGGACAGUCACCCAUAAUCCCACUAGCUAUUACUGACAUUUAGGCGCCUGCCCUUCUGGUCUGUUUUCUGUGUAUUCUUCCAUCCAUGACCGGAGGAAACAUCCCUCAUGUCCUCAGAGAUUUGGCACCAGACAGCACCAUCCACAGAUACACAAGCCCCUGCCUCGAACUGGGGUGGGGUUUGCACAGAUCCAGUGUGAUCCUCCGGAGGCCGUGCCAUCAUCUCUCUGUUGCCUGUUGUAUCCAGUCCAAUGUAAAUGCUUUGUAAAGAGUUCUUACACUGCGUUGUUUAGGAAAUAAUAUAACAGCUGGGGGCAAAGUCGGGAGAUAGUACUGAUGCAGUUUCUUUUUCCAAAUAUUUUCUUUUUUUUUUUUUUGGUACCAGGGAUUGAACUCAGGUCCUUGCACUUGCACAGCAGGCGUCGGGACCACUAAGCUAAAUCCCCAGCCCAUUUUUCCAAAUAUUUUCAACCCACAGCUGAUUGAAUCCACAAAUGUGGGACCUACAGAUACAGAGAGCCUACUGUAAACGUUGCAGUUCUGCAUCCUGACGUCUAAAUUUUUCUUCACAAAUGUUAUUUUUAGUGGGAGGGUAACAUUCAGCCGAUUGUUCCAGAUCCCUAUUACCUGAAAGCUAAGUGACUCUGUGGUUUGAUUUGUUUUGCUCUUUAAAUUUAUAAUCUUACUUUGUUAUUUAGCAGUACUGGGGGUGUCACCCAGGGCCUUGCACACGGUAGGCAGGCACUCUACUGCUGAGCUACAUCCCCAGCCUUGGUUUCAUGCUUUAAUGUUAUAAACAGCAGUGACAAGCAUCUUUGGCCAAGAUUCUUUGCUGUGUGUAGGGUUUUCUAGUGGAAGUGGAGUUACUAGGUCAUAGGUGACUGCAUCUCGAGCUUGGGGCUCUUGACAAAGAUGGCAGCCAGUUCCCUUUCUGCUCACUGUGGUGCCCUGUGGCCUUCCCACCCUGUGCACCGACUCCUGACGGUGCCCUAACUGCCUAUUCUCUUCUCUCUUAUCUUCCUCCA